AGACCAGAUGAAGAAGCUGUGGUGGAUCAGGGUGGGACCAGUACAAUUCUCAACAUUCACUAUGAGAAAGAAGAGUUGGAAGGUCACAGAACUCUGUAUGUUGGUGUUCGGAUGCCACUGGGCCGGCAGAGCCAUCGACACCACCGGACCCAUGGCCAGAAGCACCGAAGACGAGGGCGGGGCAAAGGAGCCAGCCAGGGCGAGGAGGGUCUGGAAGCCCUGGCCCAUGACACACCAUCUCAGCGUGUUCAGUUCAUUCUUGGCACCGAGGAAGAUGAAGAGCACGUGCCUCAUGAGCUAUUCACAGAGCUUGAUGAGAUCUGUUUGAAAGAAGGAGAAGAUGCGGAGUGGAAGGAGACAGCCAGGUGGCUGAAGUUUGAGGAAGACGUGGAAGAUGGGGGAGAACGCUGGAGCAAGCCAUAUGUGGCAACCCUUUCACUGCACAGUCUCUUUGAAUUAAGGAGCUGCCUCAUUAAUGGAACUGUCCUUCUGGAUAUGCGUGCAAAUAGCAUUGAGGAAAUUUCAGACCUGAUACUGGACCAGCAGGAACUGUUCAGUGACCUGAAUGACAGCAUGAGGGUUAAAGUGCGGGAAGCCCUUCUGAAAAAGCAUCAUCAUCAAAAUGAAAAGAAGAGAAACAACCUCAUUCCCAUUGUUCGCUCCUUUGCUGAGGUUGGCAAGAAACAGUCUGAUCCACAUUCAAUGGAUAAGAAUGGUCAAACUAUAUCACCUCAGUCUCUUCCAGCUACAAAUCUUGAAGUGAAAAAUGGAGUGAAUUGUGAACACAGUCCUGUGGAUUUAAGCAAGGUUGACCUUCAUUUUAUGAAAAAAAUCCCCACUGGGGCAGAGGCCUCAAACGUCUUGGUUGGAGAGGUGGACACUUUGGACCGGCCUAUUGUUGCCUUUGUGAGGCUGUCUCCUGCUGUUCUUCUGUCAGGCUUGACAGAAGUGCCGAUCCCAACAAGAUUUCUGUUUAUCUUAUUGGGUCCAGUAGGGAAAGGUCAGCAGUACCAUGAGAUUGGCAGAUCCAUGGCCACCAUCAUGACAGAUGAGAUUUUUCAUGAUGUGGCAUAUAAAGCAAAAGAGCGAGAUGAUCUCCUGGCAGGGAUUGAUGAGUUCCUAGACCAGGUGACAGUGCUCCCUCCAGGGGAGUGGGACCCGUCCAUUAGAAUUGAGCCACCCAAAAACGUCCCUUCCCAGGAGAAGAGGAAAAUGCCUGGGGUUCCAAAUGGAAAUGUUUGCCACAUAGAACCAGAACCACAUGGGGGUCAUAGUGGGCCAGAACUUCAACGUACUGGGCGGCUUUUUGGGGGCUUGGUGCUAGACAUCAAGCGGAAGGCCCCUUGGUACUGGAGCGAGUACCGAGAUGCGCUCAGCUUACAGUGUCUGGCCUCUUUUCUGUUCCUGUACUGUGCCUGCAUGUCACCUGUCAUCACCUUCGGGGGAUUGCUUGGAGAAGCCACCGAGGGACGCAUAAGUGCAAUUGAAUCCUUGUUUGGAGCGUCCAUGACUGGGAUUGCCUAUUCUUUAUUUGCGGGACAGGCUCUUACCAUCCUGGGAAGUACUGGGCCAGUUCUUGUAUUUGAGAAGAUUUUGUUCAAAUUUUGCAAAGACUAUGCCCUUUCAUACCUCUCCCUGCGAGCUUGUAUUGGACUGUGGACCGCCUUCCUGUGCAUUGUGCUUGUGGCAACUGAUGCCAGUUCCCUUGUCUGCUACAUUACCCGCUUCACUGAAGAAGCAUUUGCCUCCCUGAUAUGUAUUAUUUUCAUCUAUGAAGCAAUAGAAAAGCUGAUUCACCUGGCAGAGACCUAUCCCAUCCACAUGCACAGCCAGCUGGACCAUCUUAGCCUCUAUUACUGCAGGUGUACUGUCCCAGAGAACCCAAACAAUCACACCCUGCAGUACUGGAAGGAUCACAGUAUCAUGCCAGUGGAAGUGAACUGGGCUAACCUCACUGUCAGUGAAUGCCAGGAGAUGCAUGGAGAAUUUGUAGGAUCUGCUUGUGGCCACCAUGGACCCUACACUCCUGAUGUCCUCUUCUGGUCCUGUAUUCUCUUCUUCACCACCUUCAUCCUCUCAAGCACUUUAAAGACAUUUAAGACGAGCCGCUAUUUCCCAACCAGGGUACGCUCCAUGGUGAGUGACUUUGCAGUUUUCCUCACUAUCUUCACAAUGGUGAUUAUUGAUUUUUUGAUUGGCGUCCCAUCACCAAAGCUUCAAGUUCCCAGUGUGUUCAAGCCAACAAGGGAUGAUCGAGGGUGGAUUAUCAGUCCCAUUGGCCCCAACCCCUGGUGGACUGUGAUAGCUGCGAUUAUCCCAGCUCUUCUUUGCACUAUAUUGAUAUUCAUGGACCAACAGAUCACAGCAGUCAUCAUUAACAGGAAGGAACAUAAGCUCAAGAAAGGCUGUGGCUAUCACUUGGACCUGUUGAUGGUGGCCAUCAUGCUGGGUGUCUGCUCCAUCAUGGGCCUGCCCUGGUUUGUGGCUGCAACUGUCCUGUCUAUCACACAUGUGAACAGUCUCAAGCUAGAAUCUGAGUGCUCUGCUCCUGGAGAACAGCCCAAGUUUUUGGGCAUCCGAGAGCAGAGAGUGACAGGCCUUAUGAUCUUUGUGCUGAUGGGCUGCUCAGUCUUCAUGACAGCUAUCUUAAAGUUUAUCCCGAUGCCAGUACUGUAUGGAGUUUUCCUCUACAUGGGAGUUUCUUCACUACAGGGAAUCCAGUUCUUUGAUCGUCUGAAGCUUUUUGGUAUGCCUGCAAAGCACCAGCCAGAUUUUAUCUACCUGCGGCAUGUGCCUCUGCGCAAAGUGCACCUCUUCACCCUCAUCCAGCUCACCUGCCUCGUCCUGCUUUGGGUCAUCAAGGCCUCUCCAGCUGCCAUUGUUUUCCCAAUGAUGGUUUUGGCCUUGGUCUUUGUCAGGAAAGUCAUGGAUCUCUGUUUCUCUAAGCGAGAGCUGAGCUGGUUAGAUGAUCUCAUGCCUGAAAGCAAAAAGAAGAAGUUGGACGAUGCCAAAAAGAAGGCCAAGGAGGAAGAGGAGGUUGAGAAAAUGUUAGAAAUCGGGGGAGACAAGUUCCCCUUAGAAAGCAGAAAGUUACUAAGUAGUCCUGGAAAAAACAACAGUUUCAGCAUGGAUUUCAGAUGUGACCCUUCAGAGAUUAAUAUAUCUGAUGAAAUGCCUAAAACGACGGUCUGGAAAGCACUCAGUAUGAAUUCUGGAAAUACGAAGGAAAAAAGUCUCUUCAACUAAGUCUUUGCUGGGAUGGAAGAUUUGGGCCAUGAGGUGCUCGGAAGAGUUUGAUUACAGAGAAAAUGGUGAGUCCCUCAGAGAAGAAUCAAGACCAAGUCUGGCCCCAUCUUUGGUCAUCUCAAGCCUUGCGGAAGCAUUCAGUCAUUCCUGGUGUACACUGGAGGGCAUUCUGCCACCCCCAUACCAGCAGCCAGGCACCAGAUGUAAGCGUGGAAGCAGAAGACCACUUCCUGUUGGUCCUUUCUUUCUCUUCAGAACUGCCACCAUUCAAGACCCAGCUUCCCAUUUUUCAGACAUUUUCUCUGAAACUCUGCUGGCCUGCUGAGCCACAUGGAUCCCUUCUGCCAUUGAGGAUUCCUUCAGUGAUGUCCCUCUUCCUAAGGGAUGAGUGGGAGAGUAGCAGGAGAGCAGAAAGAAAAGGGAAGGUCCCUGCAAUAUCGGUAUCUGCAAGCUCCUAGAUGGCCCUGGGUCUCAGCUCCGUUGCUGAGGCCCUGGUUAGAGGGUGCUGGUCAGACCCCAAGGCUGUCAAGGCUCUGCUAUCAGGAGGUGAGCCAUCUGGGCAUUGGCAGUGCCCACCACCACAGCCAGGAUAUGCCUCUGACCUGGAGUGUCUUUUAUCACUCCCAAGCAGCGGUCUGCACAACUCAGUGAGACCCUUGAAAGAUACAAGGUUCAAGGAGGACCUUGGAGUUGUUCAGCUUAUUUAUGAAAAGGCUUGGGGGAAAAUUAGUAAGGACAAGUGAAGAUGAGCAGCUUCUCUUGGUUUUUAUUGAGGAUGGAGUAAGAGAAUGAGCCUAAAUUGUUACAGAAGGGAUUAGUUUAGAUGCCAGGAAGGCCUUCAUAGCCUGAAGAUUUUUCAUAGUGUGUGCUUUCUAGAUAUCUAGAAAAGAUUUGAUUACAAUUGUUUGUGAUGAGAGAGAGAGAUACAUGGUGUUUUUAUUGGCUAUUUUAUGGAACUGUUUGAUGUCUUGCUGCUGUCUUUUGGGAAACAUUCUAAUUCCAUCCUGGAGAGAUCCAAGUGCUCAUGUACUGUCUCCUUAGCUGCCUUAGUAGUAAACCAUCAUCAGCUCAGUGGACCAAAACUACCUUCAGCCAUGUGGUUUCUUCAUCAUCAUGGAUUUCUUUUGGUUAACAAAAGUUCUGGCUCUUAGAUAUAAAAAGCCAUUCCGAGAAACGAACUAUAAGUGACAGUUAAUUUCAGUUUCAAACUAUAUUUAUGGCUUUUCUCUUCUAUGUUGCAAUGAAUGUCAAGGGUCUGGGCUCUAGUGCAUAUAUACAUAUAUAGACCUUCCCUGCCUUUGUGCACAGAAUGUGACUAGGCAGCCCAUUAGCACCCAGGGAAUUCAAUCAUACUGGUUUUUCAUCCUGGAAAAUCUUUGCACAGUGGGAAAAUCCCCAGUGUACUUUACUUUCAUAGAGGAAGAGUUGGCAACAUCAUUAUACUGAGUUCUGCAUUCCUUAGGCUCUCGAAAUAUAUUAGUAUAGUCUAGUCUUACUCUAAAGACUUUUGACUGAUGUUGUAGGAACCCUGAGUUUUCUCCAUAUUUCGCUAACUUUUAAUGCAGAGAUGAUUUUCAAAAUAUUUAACAACUGGUACAGGACAGACACCAAUAGCUCAAUGGGUGUUGGCUGCAAACAAGCAGUGUGUAUCACUGCACCAGUGUCUGUUGGCUGAAUGUCACACUACUUUCAAAUAUUAAAGUGACAUCACUCUGAAUUGUGGUAUUGUUCCUGGUUUGUCUAAUCUGAUUUCUAGUUAUAAGGCUGUUUUAGGGACAGCCUUGGCUUCUCUUCAUAUGGUACAGACAGGAUCAGGCAUGUUUCUUUGAAAUCUAUGGGUAUUCAAAUCUUUGUGAGCCAAAACUUCACAUUUUAUCACAUGACAGCGAAUCUAUAAUUAUACCCCUUACCUACUUAGUGCGGAAAGUGCAAAAGAUAGCCUAUCAGUGGGAAAAGCUUUCUUACUGACUUUUGCUUUCCAUCCCUGGCUACUUUCUUGAGCUUGCUUCUUAUUCAUCAUUUUUGUUCCCUUAAAACAGGCCCCUAUUCUUGCUCCAUCUUGCCUCUCCCAUAUUUUCCUUCCACCCUCUGUGUGAGGAAGUUGGUGACAACUUCACCUGUUUCCCUCACUUCAGUGCACCUGGAAAGGAUGAAACAGGGAAGCGCCACAACCAGGGCAACGAAACCAGUGACAGGAUCCCUCAGAAAAAUGUCUCUCCCGGUGCACUGACAUCUUGGGCUGCCUUGUACCUGCUAAGCUGCUGGGGCAGUCUUUGUUAGCUUUGUGUAGUGCAGCUAGGGACCACAUACACUUCUGAGUCUUCCCCCUGCAGACUCUCCCAAGUCAUUGCAUCGUAGGAAUCUUAGCUAUUUUGGAAGGCUGUGCUAACAGGCUACUACAUUCUUUUCAAGCAAUAUGCAGCCCCAGUUUUGGUACAUCUAAUGAUAGGAACAAUUCCCUACUCUUAUUCUCUCUUCUUUCCCAAUUCCUGCCAAACACUCACUUCAUUCCCGGCUGCUUCCUUGCUUAGAUCUAUGGCUGAUGACCAUGGAGCAGUCAAGCUGAGCAGUAUAUGGGAUCAGAAACUAGGUGUGAUGUGGAAGCAGCACAGUGCAUAUGCGUGUGUGUGUGUGUGCCAACAAGUAAGAAUGUGACACAGAUACUCAUCGAUACUAGUAAGCUUUGUGCGCCAAGCUGCGGGAACAUAAAAAAAAUGGUGGUCCUUUUCUCAUCUAGGGGAUUUCUAUCUCAGACAGUCUCUGAUAAAUAGCUUGAGGACAAACACAGGCAGAUUAAUCUGUGAAAAAUGGUAUGUAAGUUCAACAUAAAGGAUAAACUAACUUAGGAGUGGAAAGCAAGGUUAUUGGUGAUUGUCACACCUAUAUUUGCUUGGGCUAAAGAAGUGGCCUCCUCUUUCAUGAUGAGGGAAAUAGAAGCAACAGUUUGAGUGUUGGCAGGGCAGUGCUCUGACAGACCAGAGGUGUCAGCGUAAAGAAGGACAAAGGCCAGGGAUUUAAGAAAAUGGUGGUAUGUGGAAUUUUGGUUCUAAGGAAAAAGAACUGUACCUGCUAAGUGGGCAGAUUGCCUUCUGAUCAUUGCUUUUAGAGAAGGACUGGUUUAAAUUUGCAGGCAUAUCCAACCUGCAGCCCACCAGUUAGACAUGCCUAUGUUAAAAUUUUUAAAAUUUAAAUGAAGGAAAUUGUGUUACAUAUAUACAUUAAUUUUAUAUUUUAUAUGCAGCCAAAACAAGUUCUGUUCACUGGAACCCAGGCAAGCAGGUGUAUCUGACCUCGGCCACAGGUUUCCAACUUCUGGAGGACUGUCAAGAAAUCUUUUCUUUACUAUAUACAUCACCUAUCUCCAUCCCUUUAUUCAUAGAAACUUGCCUUUGGGAUAGAAGGAAAGUGAACCAUGUAUAUUCCGAGUUUCAGACUUGGUUCAGAGCUCUAGCUAUGAUAAUUGUGACAUUCAAAAGGUCUGUGGUCUGGAAAAUCCGUAGUUUCCAGUCAUCCAAAAAUGAUAAUUCCUAAUUCUUCUUUAUUUUCUUUUGGUUUUUUUGUUUGUUUGUUUGUUUGUUUGUUUGUUUGUUUUUGUACCA